AUGGCAUCUGAGCUAUUUGGUAUUGAGAUAUUUGGCCCAGGAAAAUCAUAUUUUAAAUUAAUGUCUGAGUCUGUAGCGGCUCAGGAAACCCAGCGGUAUAUAGAAGACUACUGUGUUCACAGGUUGAGACUUAAUAAUAUUGAACUGGCAGCUUAUCAUCACGUCAGUAGACAGCCAUUUUGUGAGGUAGCUGCAAGAGUCCGUAGAGUCGGUCAAGAAAUUGAAGCCAAUAAUCCCCAGUUCUUUGCUAAUUGCUGUGAGCAGCUUGAUCUGAGACCGACUACAGCUUACGCAAAAUUCCGAGAUCUAUGUGACGAGCUGUUCCGGGAUACAGGCUGUCCUGAGGGAGGUAUAUCAUGGGGAAGGAUAGCAGCAUUAAUUUCUUUCAGUGGACGACUCGCUGUAUACUGUGCAUCAUAUGGACUCGAGGAUUUUGUAGCAAGUGUGAUUGGAUGGACAGAUUCUUUCCUGGAAUUUUUCGAUGAUGAAAGAGCAUCCCAGAGAGCAAGAGAAACCGUCAACGACAUCGUUGAAACAGUAUGCAAAUAUGCCUGGUUUGGAGCAGGGUUGGCUAUGUUUCUAUUUAUAGCGUCAAGAGGUAUACAUUCUAGAAGGGCAUCUCGGCAUUCAGGUGGUGCAGAGAGGUAUUCAGGUGGUGCCGAGAGGCAUUCAGGUGGUGCUGAGAGGUAUUCAGGUGGUGCCGAGAGCUAUUCAGGUGGUGCAGAGAGCUAUUCAGGUGGUGCAGACAGGUAUUCAGGUGGUGCAGACAGGUAUUCAGGUGGUGCAGAGAGCAACUCAGGUGGUGCAAAGAGCUAUUCAGGUGGUGCAGAGAGCUAUUCUGGUGGUGCAGACAGGUAUUCAGGUGGUGCAGUGAGGUAUUCAGGUGGUGCAGAGAGCUAUUCAGGUGGUGCAGUGAGGUAUUCAGGUGGUGCCGAGAGGUAUUCAGGUGGUGCAGAGAGGUAUUCAGGUGGUGCCGAGAGGCAUUCAGGUGGUGCCGAGAGGUAUUCAGGUGGUGCCGAGAGUUAUUCAGGUGGUGCAGAGAGCUAUUCAGGUGGUGCAGACAGGUAUUCAGGUGGUGCAGACAGGUAUUCAGGUAGUGCAGUGAGGCACUCAGGUGGUGCAGAGAGCAACUCAGGUGGUGCAAAGAGCUGUUCAGGUGGUGCAGAGAGCUAUUCUGGUGGUGCAGACAGGUAUUCAGGUGGUGCAGAGAGCUAUUCGUAUGGUGCAGACAGGUAUUCAGGUGGUGCAGUGAGGUAUUCAGGUGGUGCAGAGAGCAAUUCAGGUGGUGCAGACAGGUAUUCAGGUGGUGCAGAGAGGUAUUCAGGUGGUGCAGUGAGGUAUUCAGGUGGUGCAGAGAGCAAUUCAGGUGGUGCAGAGAGCAAUUCAGGUGGUGCAGAGAGCUAUUCUGGUGGUGCAGAGAGCAAUUCAGGUGGUGCAGAGAGCUAUUCUGGUGGUGCAGACAGGUAUUCAGGUGGUGCAGUGAGGUAUUCAGGUGGUGCAGAGAGCUAUUCAGGUGGUGCAGACAGGUAUUCAGGUGGGGCAGACAGGUAUUCUGGUGGUGGAGCUCAGCAUUCGGUGGUGCAGAGAGGUAUUCAGGUGGUGCAGACAGCAUUCGGUGGUGCAGACAGGUAUUCAGGUGGUGCAGUGAGGUAUUCAGGUGGUGCAGAGAGCUAUUCAGGUGGUGCAGAGAGGUAUUCAGGUGGUGCAGAGAGGUAUUCAGGUGGUGCAGAGAGGUAUUCAGGUGGUGCAGAGAGGUAUUCAGGUGGUGCAGAGAGCUAUUCAUGUGGGGCAAAGAGCAAUUCAGGUGGUACAGAGAGCUAUUCAGGUUGGGCAAAGAGCAAUUCAGGUGGUACAGAGAGCUAUUCAGGUGGUGCAGAAAGCUAUUCAGGUGGUGCAGAGAGGCAUUCAGGUGGUGCAGAGAGGCAUUCAGGUGGUACAGAGAGCUAUUCAUGUGGGGCAAAGAGCAAUUCAGGUGGUACAGAGAGCUAUUCAGGUUGGGCAGAGAGCUAUUCGGGUGGUGCAGAGAGCUAUUCAAGUUGGGCAAAGAGCAAUUCAGGUGGUACAGAGAGCUAUUCAGGUGGUACAGAGAGGUAUUCGGGUUGGGCAAAGAGCUAUUCAGGUGGUGCAGAGAGCUAUUCAGGUGGUGUAGCUCGGCAUUGA